AUGCCACUAGCAGGUCAUGCUGUGCCCAAAGCAGCACCUAACUUUAGCAGGAAACCGGUCAAGCCUGUCAAACCCCUCAAGCGAAAGCCCGUGCCAGUUGCCAGACGGUCCAUAUCGUCUGAUGCAUCUUUGCUGGCAAGCGAGGGUUCGCCAGAAUCGAGCAGGUCCGCGAGUACGCAUAAUAUCUGGUCACCGUUGGAGACGCAUGUUGAGCAGUACGACUUGCGUGAGCCAACAACACCACUAGAGGCCUUCAUACCAGAGCCUCUGUUCACUAUCAAGGAAGUGUCACCGCCUGUCGAGCAAUAUGACUCGGCGAGAGGUUCGACGUCGUCUGAGAACAUCGAGUCUGAACAACCUCUCUUCACCAUCAAGGAAGCGUCGCCGCCCGCCGAGCAGUAUGACUUGUCCAGAGGCUCGCCACCCUUUGAAAAUAUCAAGCCGGAACUGGUAGGAUCAUCAAGCAUGGGAAGCGGGCAGACCAAUUGGAGAAGCUCAACAAGUACCUUGGUUUCCAACUUCGCGCCCUUGACCUUCACCGAACAGCGCCCUACAGUAUUACGGAGCUAUUCGGGCGAGCACUGGAUGAGCUCAGGCGAAGUCAUCUCGCGCUUCAAGCGUCUGAUCGAGACUCAGCACUUCCGGAUAGAGAAGAGCACUCUUAACUCCCUCCUUGGAGUGGAUCCGACAAGUGAGGAAGCACUACUGAAGCCCCUGGAAGCACAGCUUUAUCUUAGUAGCGAUGGACGCUACAUAAUCACCUGGCCCGAGCUGGAAACCAUAGCUCAGAUCCUCAAAGUAGACGCCACAAGGAAUCCAGUGGACCUCCACGCCUUUGCCACACAACACGAUAUAGCCUGGAACAGCCUUCAGAAGAUGAUCGAAACCUACGCCGGCAAGGACUGGCCGCGUGUAAUCCUUGAUGUAGACGACUGGUCCUUCCUUGUCAGCCACGAACAAGUCGAGGCAAUCAAAUCCCAGCUCACGGCGGCGAUGACCGCAGCAGGCUCAGAAAUCUGCGAUCUGACGGCCGCUGUCAGUCCAGAGAUUCCCUCGCCUGUGGUCAUUGCCCUCGCCACCGAAGCGUCCUUCGGAACACACUCAGAGAUCCGCUACGUAGGUGAUCACCAUAUCAUAUCCAUUCCACCCGGCUACAGCACUAAGGAUGUCGAUGCAGAGCUCCAACAAGCCUCCAACGCCUUCGACGAGCAUCAGCGCGCGCACUUGAUUUCCAUCAUAGCGCGUAUGCUGUGGUGUCCACUACAUCUCUACACCGCUGGCAUCAACACCGUACCAAGCGAGUUCUUCCGCGCGCGGCAGGGAGAUUUCAUCACCGAUCACUUCCGGCGUGAGAAGAUCCCACGCACAAUUGCAAUCGUGCACGAGCAGAAUCUGGCUCAUAACGUUGUGGUCGCAGACGCUAUAGAUAGGCUGCACCGCAGCAGCGCGGACAUUAAGAGUUUCAAGACUCUCCAGGAAGUCGUUCUCCGCCUUGGAAACGAUCUCUCCAUCUCCGCUCCCAGCGAAGCCCUCGUCUUCGAGACGAAGCAUCGACACAUCGUCCAAACUGCCCAGGCAAUGCAGAAUAUGCCGCAAGGUCUGGAAAUUCUGCGUAAUCUGGUUUGGAUCCUACUGGCCACGAGUGAGCCCGGCUUGUUCAUGAGUUCCGUCAAGGAUACGACGAGGUUGAUCAACAUGUAUGGCGAGGUUGGAGAUGCGGAAGUAAUGGGGUUGAUGCAAAUCUGGCUGGUGAAAUUGGACUCGGGGGUGAAUGAUGAUGAGGAUAUCAGGCAGAUGCGGGCAUUGGCGAGUGCUGCGGUGGAGGAAUGGGUGGAGGCCAGAGAUGUGGUGAAGUGGUAG